AUGUCUGACUCUUCGUCAGAAGACGAACAGAUUGCGGCUAAAAGUAAAAAGAGCAAAUUAAACGAUGGUAACUGCGUAACUGAAGUUGCUGAAGAAAAGACAUUUGAACAAUUAGGCGUCCGGGAUGUUUUAUGUGACGUUUGCAUACGUUUGGGAUGGAAAAAGGCAACGAAAGUGCAAUGUGCUGCAAUUCCUUAUGCUUUAGCUGGAAGAGACGUCAUUGGACUCGCUGAAACUGGCUCGGGAAAAACGGCAGCUUUUGCUUUACCGAUUUUGCAAGCGUUAUUAGACACACCCCAGAAACUCUUUGCUCUCGUUUUGACGCCCACAAGAGAACUAGCUGUACAGAUCGGAGAACAGUUUGAGGCGUUGGGUUCUUCAAUUGGUCUUUUAGUAGCUGUUAUUGUUGGCGGUGUUGAUAUGGUUACUCAGGCUUUGGCUUUGGCAAAACGUCCUCACGUCAUAAUUGCUACGCCUGGUAGACUUGUAGACCACCUUGAAAACACUAAAGGAUUUAAUUUGCGGGCUUUGAAAUAUCUAGUUCUUGACGAAGCUGAUCGAAUCCUGAAUAUGGACUUUGAAGUAGAGCUAGAUAAAAUACUGAAAGUUAUUCCCAAAGAACGAAAAACUUACUUGUAUUCAGCUACAAUGACAAAGAAGGUAGCUAAAUUGGAAAGGGCUUCUCUGCGAGAUCCCGCUCGUAUUACUGUGUCAUCGAAAUACCAAACCGUGGAAAAGUUAAAGCAGUAUUACUUGUUUAUUCCUCAGAAGUUUAAAGAGGCUUAUUUAGUUUACGUUUUGAAUGAAAUGGCUGGGCAGACGUGCAUUGUAUUCUGUUCUACAUGUGCAACUGUAAUGAGGAUUUCGAUGAUGUUAAGAGAGUUGGGGCUUGGUGCGGUACCGCUUCACGGCCAACUGAGUCAAGCUUCAAGAUUAGGAGCUUUGAAUAAAUUUAAAAGCAAGGCUCGAUCAAUACUCGUCUGUACUGAUGUAGCUUCUCGAGGACUAGAUAUACCUCAUGUUGAUGCUGUUCUAAAUUUUGAUGUACCUGGUCAAUCAAAAGACUACAUUCAUCGGGUUGGUCGAACAGCACGUGCAGGUCGUUCUGGAGUAGCAGUAACCUUUGUGACACAGUAUGAUGUUGAAGUUUACCAGCGAAUAGAACAGCUUCUUGGAAAAAAGUUGCCUUUGUACGAAACUGUUGAAAACGACGUUAUGGUACUUGUUGAAAGAGUCGAAGAGGCAAUGGAUGUUGCAAAACAUGACUUAAGAAUUAUUGAGAUGAAGAAGAAAAAGAAAAAGAGGGGACAGAAUGUAUUGGACAGCGACGAUGAUAAUGCAGAGGAAUCUACUUAUCGGAAAAAGUUUAAAGCGAAAGAAAAGCAGAAAGCGGGUAUUCGGAAUAAAGUUGUUUGA